GGUGCUGGCUCUUCUGCUCUGAUCAUCCGUCAUGGCCUCAUCUCUUCCCCCAGCUUCUGCCAAGUUGGACCAGGCGCCGGUUGUCAGAGCAGCCCGGGGAAACACGGUGACGCUGACCUGCUCCUGCAAGGCCUGCAACUUCACCGACUUCCUCUCCAUGUGGGACUUCUACAGCAGGGACGGAGGCACCGAGAGGCCAGUCCAGGUCGCACUCAGACCUUCCAGCAAGGCGAGAGCAGAAGAUGCAGGGUCUCGAUUUCCUAUCACACAUCACGGAAACUCACAGUCUUCACUGGUCAUCAGAGACCUUCAGAUAAAUGACACGGGCACCUACGUGUGCACAAUGAUCACCAAGACACCACCUCCAACACUAGUUCUCAAGGGACCUAAAACUCGCCUGGAAGUCUACGCUCCACCCCACAUCUGGCUCUCUUCUGCCACGAAUGCAGAUCACACCUCCCUCGUGACGUGCAUGGCCAGCGACUUCUACCCUCAGACCCUGGGGAUCACGCUGACCGUGACCUGCGGGGAAUACAGGGUGCUGGACGACAACACGUCACUGGUCGUGACCAGCGCUGGGACCUUCAACAUGACCCAGAGAGCCUGGGUGGACGCGGCCGGCUGCCGCGAUGGGACGGCGGUGACCUGCUCGGUCAAACAGCUGACGGAGACCCGCAGGACUCUCUGGAUCCCCGGGCUGAGACAGAGAGGCCGUGAAAGCAAAGGCAGCCUGUGA